AUGGACGCGCGCUUUGGACAGGUGCCCCUCAACAUUACCCACAGGCUCGGCGGGGUGAACCAGCUCGGCGGAGUGUUCAUUAACGGCCGCCCGCUGCCGCACGCGGUGAGACAGCGGAUCGUGGAGCUCGCUCUGCAGGGCGUGCGUCCCUGUGAGAUCUCCCGCCGCCUGCGCGUCAGCCACGGCUGUGUCAGCAAAAUACUGGCCAGGUACAAUGAGACAGGCAGCAUUAGACCAGGAUUGAUUGGAGGCUCUAAGCCCAAAGUGGCCACUCCCUGCGUUGUGCAAAUGAUCGUGCGUCUGAAACACACCAACCCCAGCAUGUUCGCCUGGGAGAUCCGAGACAAGCUGCUGCUGGAGCGAGUGUGCGACCAUGACAGCGUGCCCAGCAUCAGCUCCAUCAACAGGAUCAUCAGAAACAAAGUCAACUCGGAGUCUUGUGAAGUUGUGUCAUCAGCUUCAUCUGUUUCCACGGGAACCGCCUAUUCCUCUGAGUCCGCCUAUUCCAUCAGUGGGAUUCUGGGAAUCAGGAAGUGCAGCAAACACAAAGAAGGAGGUGACGCCCCCUGCGGCGUUUACCACAAGCAGCCACGAUCCUGUAAUGAUGCCUGGGGAUGGUCCGACCCCUGCCUCACCUUUUACCCUGGCCUGCCAGCUAACCAUAAUCCAGACCACUUAGGGCCUCCGUGACGAAAGAACAUCAUCCUUUAAUCCCACAAAUAGGAUGAUUUCAAAACUGAAUUCACUGAAAUUGUAAGAUUACA